CGCUCUCUCGCGUUCGCGUUUGCUCGGCGCCCUAAUUCCGAAACCUUAAGCUAUGUCUUAUUCUUCGGGCCAGCCUCAGUUCCGGUACACGCAGACGCCGUCGAAGGUGCUUCACCUUCGUAACCUUCCAUGGGAGUGCAUGGAAGAAGAGCUCGUCGAACUUUGCAAACCCUUCGGCAAGAUCGUCAAUACCAAAUGUAACGUUGGUGCCAAUCGCAACCAGGCCUUCGUUGAAUUCGCAGACUUGAAUCAAGCGAUCUCAAUGGUUUCAUAUUAUGCUAGUUCAUCUGAUCCUGCUCAGGUUCGUGGUAAGACUGUGUAUAUUCAAUACUCGAAUAGACAAGAAAUUGUCAAUAACAAGAGCCCUGGAGAUGUUACUGGGAAUGUGUUGCUGGUUACAAUUGAGGGUGUGGAAGCUGGUGAUGUCAGCAUAGAUGUUAUUCACUUGGUGUUUUCCGCUUUUGGGUUUGUGCACAAAAUAGCAACUUUUGAGAAGGCUGCUGGGUUUCAGGCAUUAAUCCAGUUUAGUGAUGCUGAGACCGCUUCUUCUGCAUGUAGUGCAUUGGAUGGAAGAAGUAUACCCAGAUAUCUGCUUCCAGAGCAUGUUGGAUCAUGCCACUUGCGCAUCUCAUUUUCUGCUCAUACUGAUUUGAAUAUCAAGUUUCAAUCUCAUCGUAGCAGGGACUACACAAAUCCUUAUCUUCCUGUAAAUCCUUCUGCCAUUGAGGGAACCAUGCAGUCUACUUUAGGUCCAGAUGGGAAAAAAAGGGAACCUGAGAGUAAUGUGCUUCUUGCUUCAAUCGAAAAUAUGCAAUAUGCUGUCACAGUUGAUGUUCUUCACACGGUAUUUUCAGCAUUCGGUACUGUCCAGAAAAUAGCCAUCUUUGAGAAGAAUGGUGGAAUGCAAGCACUAAUUCAGUACCCUGAUGUCACGACGGCUACUGUUGCUAAAGAAGCUUUGGAAGGACAUUGCAUCUAUGAUGGUGGCUAUUGUAAGCUUCAUCUGUCAUACUCUCGUCAUACUGAUCUCAAUGUAAAGGCUCACAAUGACAGAAGUAGGGAUUAUACAAUCCCUGAUGCAGGAUUGCUGCCACUGCAACAAGCUGCGGCUAUACCUACUGCUACAGGUGGCUUUCAAAGUCCACAAGCUGCAACAAUGUAUCCGAAGAAUGAAUAUGUUGUGAGCGCACAGGCUUCUGUUUCAGAUGGACAAGCGGCAUCAUGGGAUCCUAACAUGCAAGCUGGCAGACAAACUUUUGUGUCUGUUCCAAAUGCAUUUCCUGGUCAAACAUACCCACCUGGUGCAUAUCCUCCGUAUGCUCCUGCAGGAAGUUAUCCUAUGGGAACUGUUCCUGGCUCAUCUCACCAACAGCCUCAGCAGGGUGCCGCUGGUGUGGCUUCUCAGAGAUUACCUCAAUACGGUCAGCCAAAUGUGUGGCCUGGUGGUGCGCCGCCACCUACAGGACAGCCUCCAUAUUAUGGCCAAUAAGCUUCGCAUUGCUGCAGCUAUUCUCUCGUGCCUGUUGUCCUCCAGAAGUGGAAUGCAAAUAUACAAUGAAGAUCUGUACCCAAUUUUAAUUCAGAAGGAUUUGGUCUUGGGGCAUCUUCUUAGCCUUCUGAUAUGAUCGCCGUGUGCCUCUGCCCUCCAACUUUGCUAGAGGAAAAUACUGUGUUUACAUUUCUAUCAUUUGAUGUUAUUGGGUCAAUUAUG